AUGCCAGACGAGGAAUACACCGACAUUUUGUACGAGGUCAAGGACAGAAUCACCACCAUCACCAUCAAUGUGGAGAAAAAACUCAACGCCUUGAACGGUCCCCAGUACCUUCAGCUCGCCAAGUACUUGGAUGAGGCCGAUAAGGAGGAGGACACUGUGUGUACCAUCAUCCAGGCCAAGGGCAAGUACUUUUCUGCCGGUGCCAACGUCAGAGACAUUUCUGUCAUGAACUCUGACCCUUCGGAGGUGUUCAGCCACGAGUUCUGGCUCAAGAACUUUGUCGGCAGAAACGUCUACUUGGCUGACUUGUUGCACAACCACUCCAAGGUGUUGAUCUGUGCUCUCAACGGUCCUGUCAUUGGUCUUUCUGCUGCCAUUGUCGCCUUGUGUGACUUGGUCUACGUGAACGACGAGAACAACACCUACAUGUUGACGCCGUUCUCCAACUUGGGUCUUGUCGCCGAGGGUGCCACCUCUGCCACCUUGUUCUUGAGAUUGGGCUGGUCCAAGGCUUCCGAGGCCUUGUUGUUUGCCAAGCCUGUGCCAGGUACCGAGCUCAACCGUUUGGGCUUCUUCAACGGUACCUACACCGGCAAGGGCUUGACCACAGACCAGUUCAACGACGAGGUGCACAAGUUGAUUGUCUCCAAGUUCGACGGCUUGUACGAGCCAUCCAUCUUCGCCAACAAGAAGUUGCUUAGACACAACCGUGACACACUCAUCAACAGUGCCAACGCCAGAGAGUCCAUUGUGGGUUUCAACAGAUGGAUCGAGGGCAUUCCUCAGCUGAGAUUUGUGCAGAUUGCCAACAAGGAGAUCAAGCACAAGCUCUAA